AUGAUCCUUUCUCCGUCUACCGCGCCGGCUUUGAGCCUCCAGAGCUUCGGCAAACUUCCCACCGGGCUGGGUUCGGACAAGUAUCAGUGGGUAGACUUGGACGGAGAAGGCAUAGCAGGCGUAUUGACCGAGCAAGGAAACGCUUGGUUCUAUAAACGAAACUUUGGCGAUGCCGAGCUGGGCCCCUUGGAAACCGUAGCUCAAAAGCCGUCCUCUAUCCCGCUCAACGGGAAGUCGCAGCUCCUCGACCUCGGCGGAAAUGGACAGCUGAGUCUCGUGGACUUUUCAGGAGUUACGCCAGGGUUCUUCAAGAAGAUAGCAAAUGAAGACUGGUCGUCAUUUACGCCUUUCAAAUUCCUCCCAAACAUUCGCUGGGACGAUCCGACGCUACUUGUCAUAGAUCUCACAGACGGAUUCGCGCCCAUGGAGCACCGGCGUGUGAGUCUGGAUGAGAGAAUCGGCCCUCGUAUUGUCUUGGGGGACGAUGAGACAUCCAUUCACCUUGCAGACAUGUCUGGCGAUGGCUUAUUAGACAUCGUCCGCAUCCCAAACAGUCGUUUUAGUCAAAGCCGCAUACGACUGGCCGACAUUGACGGCUCGGGGACAACCGAUCUUGUCUAUCUGGGGUUGGAUGAUAUCAAGAUAUUCUUCAAUCAAUCUGGUAGUAGCUUUAGCGAUCCUUAUUGUAUGGUGCAGACUCCAAGGGUGGAUAAUCUCUCGGAUGUUCGCAUAGUUGACCUCUUCGGGACUGGAACUCCCUGCAUCUUAUGGUCAUCACCAAACCCCUCAGAUUACGGGCAUCACGUCGGCUACAUCGACCUCCUCGGUGGGCAGAAACCACAUUUACUGAUCUCUUCACAAAAUAACCUUGGCGCCGAGACGAGGAUUCAGUACGCUUCAUCGACCAAGUUUUACCUUCAAGAUCGUGCCGCUAGAACUCCGUGGGUCACCAAUCUUCCAUUUCCUGUUCACGUCGUAGAGAGUGUUGAAAAUGUUGAUCGUCACCAUGGCUUCUUCGAUACCUUCGAACGGGAAUUUCGAGGCUUUGGAAUGGUUGAGCAGUACGAUACCGAGGAAUUUGAUAUUUCCUUAGGUGGCUCUGUCUCCGUUCCCGCAAGGGACAAUACCACCACGAGCAUUGAUCUGGCCUCCCACGUUCCCCCAGUUUUAACCAAGACUUGGUAUUACACCGGAGCAUUCCUGGAAAGACAAACAAUGGCAGGCCGCUUCCAGCAGGAGUACUACAAGGAGCCCAGACUAUCUGAAGAGCAGACAGCAGCAAUGUUGUUGGCGGAAGUAGAAGAGGUGCCGACUAGCAUUCGCUUGACGGCAUCGAAUCGAGUCCCGUUCUCUGCCACGAACCUAGAAGCUCGAGAGUCUUGCCGCGUACUCAAAGGGACGGUCCUCAGAGUAGAACUGUACGCUCUUGAUGCCAAAACCGGAGACAAUGGUAGCGUCCAAACAGGGAAUCCAUACAGCGUUUCCGCUCAAAAUUACUCCGUCGAAAUCCUUCAGCCGCAAGGCACUAACAGGCAUGGCGCCUUCAUGAUUCAGGAGAAGAUUGCGACCGCAGAAGAUGGAAAUCAUGACCUCCCUUUCGAGGACUUUGAUGGCACCAGCGCUACCGAUCCCUCCCAAAGUUAUCGCCGCUUGACGUCAAUAUCAAGGACUUACUAUCGUAGCGAUGAUUUGUCUCACAUAUUACCAUUGAGAACCAUUGAGUCGAUGGUACUGCAAUCCACCAUAUACAGGCUCGCACUCACAGAGUCACUUGCUACGAACAAUUUUGUCGGCGCUGGAAAGGUAUCACAGACUGAGCUAGAUGACAUCUUAGAAAACGACUGUCGCUACGUACACAGAGAAGGCGACAGAAACUGGUCAAUUGGUCCCUGCCGGCUGCUUCAACCGUGGAUGGUCAUGGACCAUGAUCAAAAUCGCUCCGCGGUGGCUUAUGAUGUCCUCGGGAUAGUGGUGGGGACUGCUACCAUGGGAAAGCCGGAAGAGGAUCUUGGUGAUAGCUUGGACAAUGUUGUGAACGCAUUAGAUGACUCGGUAAUCUUGGCCUACUUCAAUAACCCCCUUGCCAUUGGCAAUGACCUGCUCUAG